AUGUACAAAGCAGCAGCGGAAGCAUCGUUUUUGGGGUCCUUUGGUCUUUCAGCAAAUUACGGUUCAGAUUCAAGAUAUAAUCUAACCACCAUUAAUGAAUAUACAACAAAGAUCAAUCGAAAGGUAUUAAGUUCCAAAGGUGGCGACAUCUUCAUCUUAGGUAAUCAUAUGGAAGCAUGGCAAACAUCAGUGAAGAAAAAUCCAGCUAUCAUUAGACGAGCUAUUGAAAAUCUCACAUGCUUUAUUCAAGCAGACAAACUUCCCGAAUUGACUGACGUGGCAUUGAGCAAAGUUCGAAAAGAAAUUAAUGAAGCAAUUAACACUUACGUAGAAAUGAAUACAAUUCGAGGAUGUAUGAAGCGAAAUUCGCCAUCGUUCAAUUGGAUUGCCAAUCUCGAUGACGGUUCCUGUGUUUCAGUUCAACAAACGACACAAUUUGGAGGAUUUAUUCGUACUUGUUUGGAAGAUUCCCGUAUGUCACAGUAA